AUGGCGACGUCAUCCAGCGAAGGCGACGAUCUGCGGGAUCGUAGCCAGCAGCCAGCCCUGGCCUCGCAGCAAGUGAAAGAGUCAGAGACUCAACGAAGGAGAGGCUUCGGGAAUAUGUUCCCUCUCGGCGCAAAGGAAGGAUUCAAUCAAUGGUGGACGAGCUUGUCGCCAGCAAUGACAGAACACCGAGUUUUAUCAUUUAUACCUCUCCUCCAAAAACCCCCUACCCACACCGAGACCGGCUCCGCACCAGUCUCGGCAUCAAACUCCACAACGAACGUGUCCUCUCAGGAUGGAGAGCAACUCGAACAAGUCACGACUAACUCUAUCAACGACCCCCACGGCCCGCGACGAUGGAGUUCACAAAUGGUACAUUUGAGUGGCAAAAACCGCGCGCUGAACGAGUUCUCGAUUGAGCGUAUCGGUGAGCCUGUCGAGCAGAAUCUAGUGAUGUUGCAUGGCUACGGUGCUGGGCUAGGUUUCUUCUACAAGAAUUUCGAAGGUCUCAGCCGCGCGGAGGGCUGGAAACUUUAUGCGCUAGACAUGCUAGGAAUGGGUCGGAGCACCAGACCAAAAUUUGAGGUCCAUGCCAAAGAGCGUGCAGAUCAAGUCACGGAAGCUGAAAAUUGGUUUAUCGACGCACUCGAGGAGUGGCGGGUAAAGAAGAAAUUAGAACGGUUCACGCUUCUCGGGCACAGUCUAGGAGGCUAUCUAGCCGUUGCUUACGCUCUCAAAUAUCCAGGACAUCUCAACAAGCUCAUCCUAGCCUCUCCGGUUGGCAUUCCGGAAGACCCCUACGCAGUAAACGCGGCCAUGCCAGAGCCUGAGGACUCCACAAUGGCAAAUGAGUUUCUUCAGGACCAAAACGAGGCCAUCAAUAACUCCAAUCCCAACGCAACAAAGCCUGGUGACAACAACAAUUUCCUCAAUGCUCGCUCAAAGGCUGCGAAGUCCUCGUCAGGAACCUCAACCCCGUCAAGCUCAGAGCCGCCCCGGAAGCCACUACCCGGGUGGCUCGUGUACCUCUGGGACAAGAACAUAUCUCCUUUCUCGUUGGUCCGGUGGAGCGGUCCUCUUGGACCACGCCUCGUGUCUGGCUGGACAUCCCGACGUUUCUCUCACCUGCCUGACGACGAAGCUCAGGCCCUACAUGACUACAGCUAUUCGCUGUUCCGGCAGCCAGGCUCUGGUGAAUACGCAUUGGGCCGCAUCCUCGCACCUGGAGCAUUCGCUCGAAGUCCGCUGAUCCGGCGUAUUCAAGGUGUGGGCCGCCAAUAUAUCGGACCGCAUUCUGGCCCCAUUGUAGACGCGGACGCUCCAAAAGAUACUAAGUGCCACAAGACUUCUAAGAAGCAGGUAGAGUCCGCUGCUCCGUCGAUCACAGCCAGCGACCCGGACGGUCCCCGUGUCCGCGAAACUGGCAUCCCCAUAGUUCUCAUGUACGGUGAGCACGACUGGAUGGACAUUGCUGGUGGCUACGCCGCCGAGGAGAAGAUUAAGCAGGAACGCGCGCGGUUACUAGCCGACGCAAGCGAAGAGGAAAAGCGGAAUGACCAUGGAUCCGCUAAGGUUGUUAUAAUUCACAAGGCCGGCCACCAUGUUUAUCUUGAUGGGCCGGAGCAGUUCAAUCAAGUCAUGCUCGAGGAGAUGAGGGACGUGAUGCGGAAAGAGCGCAUACGGACGCUGAAAGACGGGAUUUCAGCUGCGGAAUCGUAG